GUUUGUAAGGAGGACACAAUGUUAUGCAGAGGUGUACUUACAACAUCUUUAUAGACAAAUGAUACCGCAGUGGAACCUCGAUUUACGAACGCCUUUAUUUGCAACCUUUUCUGUUUACGAAUCUUGACGCCAAAUGAAUUCAUUUGGCAUGCUGCUUGAAGCCACCGGGUGCUGGCAUUUUGAUGAAACCACGUCCUGUACACGCGGGCAUGGCCGCUUUGAAGAGGCGGGGCCCCCGAUGUCACGUUCUGUUCACAGCCUGUUCACAUUUCCAAGAGCUUCCACGGCCAACGACAUCUAACGUGUGUUUUCCACAAUUGUUGUACCUGUGUAAGUCGUACUCUGUGUGUUUAGAAAGGCGUUAAACUCUCACAGUCUCGCUGUAUAUCUUCAACUUGCUACACAAAGGCUUUGAGCUGCCAUUUUUGCGAGUUAGCCUCCAGCUUGCGGCCCCUUCAGUUCGAGGAUUUUAUCAACCAAGGGGGCUUUGUUCCGCAGCAAGUCUUUAAUUGGGAUGAGACAGAAAAAUAUGCCAAAGCGGAGCUUUUAUUACAGCGAAGAAGGCACUACCGUGACACAGGAUUGCAUCACACUGCUAGUUUGUGCUAACGCUAGUUAGGGCUGGGCGCUAUACUGACAUUAUAGUUAAUACCAGUAUAUUUUUGAAAGAAUACAUAUUUGAGACAAUACCGCCAUACCGGUAUCUUUUGAUGUGCCUUUGUUACGGCAUUCCCUUUGGAUCAACCCCGCCCCGUGGGGGGUUACCUAGGCUUCUGUGACGCACAAUGAUGCAACACAACAAGCUUUUCAUAAGAAUAUGGCAGCUGACUUCUGGACUCAAUGCUAUGGUCAACAUCUGCAUUUGGCUAUUGAUCGGGCAGUUGAGUGAAAUUCUCCAUGAAUGUACGUCACAAUGAUGAUGACAGACCAGAUUCCACUGGACUUGGCUCCGCCCCCUCUCCUGAACGGGGAGGUCCCACUCAUGCCUCACAUGGUUAAUGGCGACGCAGCACAGCAGGUGAUCCUGGUACAGGUGAACCCGGGGGAGACCUUCACCAUCCGAGCGGAGGACGGAUCUCUGCAAUGCAUUCAGGGUCCAGCUGAGGUCCCCAUGAUGUCCCCCAAUGGCUCCAUCCCUCCCAUCCACGUGCCCCCAGGAUAUAUUUCUCAGGUGCUGGAAGAUUCCACGGGGGUCCGUCGGGUGGUGGUGACCCCCCAGUCUCCCGAGUGUUACCCCCCCUCCUACUCACCUGCAUUGUCGCCCACACACCACCUGCCGCCCUACCUGGCCCACCCCCACUUCAUCCCCAACUCCCACUCCUUCUACCCGCCCGUCAGCCCGGGCGAGCUGACCCACCAGUACUACCAGCACCACCUGCACCCCAUGUACGGCGACCCCGAGAUCAUUCCCGUGUACGGCAUGUCCAACUUCAUACGCGAGGAGACCUACAGUAAACCUCAGCCCAAAAAGAUCAAAGAGCAAAGACAACUGGAGCGACAGAACAGACUCAACUCGCCUCCGUCCUCCUUGUACAAAAGCAGUCUGGGACCCGCACACAACGGAUACAGUAAAUCACACGUCCCGUCGCUCGCGUCAGUGGGGUCAGGGGGCGGAGUCAACAGUCAGAGCGGGAAGAAACCGGAGAGGCGACUCCGGAGCAGUCCACGGAACGGCGAAGCGGAUGUGCACACACAAGAUCAGGACUCGGAGGGGAAACGUGUUCAAGACAUGUUGUCGACCAUCUCAAAACCACAGGUGUCCAACGUGCAGGCCCGAUCGGCACGCUUGUCUUGGGCGGCCCCCGAAGGCCUGGCGAGCCGACACAGCAACGGCGUGCAGGCGUCGUGCUCCUACGAGGUGUUCCUCUCGGACAAGGGGCGUGACGGGAAGUACCGCCUUAUUUACAGUGGCGAAGACGUGGAGUUCGACAUGAAAGAUCUGCGAGCGGCCACGGACUAUCACGUACGCGUGUGCGCACUCUUCAACUCGGCGCGCGGCGCGUGCACUGAGGCCAUCUCCUUCACGACACACUGCGGCGUUCCUGACAUCCCGCUCGCGCCCAAACUUUCCCACCGCACUAAAAGCACACUCACUUUACAGUGGAAGCCACCAGGCGACAACGGAUCCAAAAUCACAAACUACCUGCUGGAGUGGGAUGAGGGCAAGAAGAACAGUGUUUUUGGGGAAUGUUACUUCGGCAGCCAGCGACACUGCAAGCUCACGCGACUUUUCCCCGCCUGUGGUUACACCUUCAGGGUGGCUGCACACAACGACAUCGGCGCAAGCGGCUUCAGCCCGGAGGUGGUCUGCUACACCAUGGGCACCUUGCCCGCCCUGCCUCUAGCACCACGUCUGGUGCGGGCGGGGGUGUCCUGGGUGACCUUGGAGUGGGGGCGACCUGAGGGCGGCCCCACUGACGAGCAGCUGAAGUACACGCUGGAGAUCCAGGAGGACAACAGCGGUGCAGACUUCCACCCCAAGUACACGGGAGAGAAGGCCAGCUGUACCGUAGAAGGCCUGAAGAGGAGCACGCAGUACAAAUUCAGGCUCAUCACAUCCAACAUGGAAGGCAAGAGCAGUCCCAGCGAGGUUCUGGUCUGCACCACCAACCCGGACAAGCCAGGACCGCCGUCCGCGCCCUGCGUCGUAGCGUCCACGCCCUGCACCCUCACGGUCACAUGGGAUCCGCCUCAGGACGACGGCGGUUCAGACGCGCUCACGUAUUUGCUGGAGAUCUGUGAGGGCUGUUCACAAGCGAGCCAAUGGGAAGUGGCGUACAGCGGUCCAUCAACAGAGUGUGUGUGCGAGCGGCUGGCAGCGGGCAGCGUGUAUAACCUGCGGGUGUGCAGCAUCACCACCGGGGGACACAGUCAGUGCGCCACGAGCGUUCCAGUCCGCACUUUAAGCGUGCCGCCGGGGCCCUGCCAGCCGCCGAGGAUUGUGGGUAAAGCCAAACACAAGGAGGUGCAGUUGGAAUGGGACGCUCCUGCCUCUGAGCCCUUGUGCAAGGCCUUGAUGUUCAACCUGGAGAUGAGCGAGGGCGACGCCAAACCAGCCCAAGUGUUCCAGGGAUCGGAGCUGCAAUGCACUGUGGGUAGUCUGCUCCCCGGGGCCACAUACAGCUUCAGACUGAGGGCGGCCAACGAUGCUGGGUUUGGCGAAUAUUCUGAGCCAACCGAGGUGACGACUGCAGCAGGUCCUCCUGGCCAGUGUGGGGCGCCACUCAUCUCUCUCACCAGUAACACCUGCAUCUCACUUACCUGGGAGAGUCCAGAAGGAUCGGGUAGCGACAUCUCCGAGUACCGCCUGGAGUGGGGGCGUGAAGACGAGCCCCUGGAGGUCAUCUACUGCGGCUCGGCCACGCAGUGUGAAGUGUGGGAUCUGAUGGCCGCUACAGGCUACUGCUGCAGGCUGCAGGCUGUCAAUCAAGCAGGGGCGGGGCCUCACAGCGAGCAGGUCACUUUCCAGACGCCGGCGACCGUCCCCGACCCGGUCUCCUCCCUCAGCCUCCUGGACCUGCCCGGCCAGUCGCGGUCCUCCUCUUUCCUCCUCAAGUGGGAGGAGCCAAUCAGCAACGGGGCGGAGAUCUCCUCUUACAUCAUCUCGGUGGACGAGAGGACCAUCACGCUGGAGCCCACCACAAGUCACCUCAUCAGCGGUCUGCAGCCCGACAGCGAGUACAGCGUACAGAUCAAGGCGGUGAACGCCAUCGGCUGCAGCCCUUCCAGUCCGCCCCUUCUGGUGAGGACACACCCCCUGCCCCCCACCCCGCCCCCUCUGGAGUGCUCCGCCGCAGGGCCGCAGAGCCUGAAGCUGAAGUGGGGCGAGAACGCCAGCAACACCCGCGCCCUGCUGGCUGACGACAUGUACUACACGCUGCAGAUGGAGGACAAAAACCACAGGUUCGUAAACAUCUACCGCGGGCCGAGUCACACCUACAAGGUGCAGAGGCUGACGGAGUCCAGCAGCUACACUUUCAGAAUACAAGCAGUCAGCGAUGCUGGCGAGGGACCUUUCUCUGAGGACCACACCUUCUGCACCACCAAGUCUGUGCCUCCCGCCCUCAAAGCUCCCAGAGUGCAGCAGCUGGAGGGUAACUUGUGUGAGAUCACAUGGGAAACCAUCCAACCAAUGAGAGGCGACCCUGUCAGCUACGUUCUCCAAGUGUUGGUGGGGCGAGACUCAGAAUACAAACAGGUGUUUAAGGGCGAGGAGGGCGUGUUCCAGGUCACGGGCCUCCAGGUGAACACGGACUACCGCUUCCGCGUGGGCGCCUGCCGCCUCUGCCAGGACACGUGCCAGGAACUGUGCGGCCCGCUCAGCCCCUCCUCCUUGUUUACGCUGCGGCGCCAGGAGGCGGCGGGGGGUGCGGCGGCGGCGGGCGAGCCGUGCGCCGCCGACGGCGCCGGCAAAGCCCCGGGCCUGAUGUCGAGCGACGAGCGCUUUGCGGCGCUGAUCGUGUGCGUCUUUGCCGCCCUGUCCAUCCUCAUGGCCUGCUUGCUGCAGUACUUCUUCAUGAAGUGAGGGAAGCUUUUUCUUUUAUUUUGCUUACAGGAUAGAAAGAGAAACCAAAUCCAUCUGAAACCUUUUCUUUUUUUUCUUCUUUUUUUUAAAUCAAAACACUUGAGACGCUGUUUGUCUAGUCGGCUUCCUCACGCUGGUAAUCAAGACUUAAAACAUUCAGCAGUCUUUUAUUUUGAAAAAACAAAUAUUCCAUUUCCUUUCUUUUUCAUUUCCUUUUUUGUUUGCUGCAGUCCACUCAGACAUAUUCUCAUGUAGGCUCACUCAAAGCUUUAGCUGUGCUUACUGGAUUUGUCCACACACACACACACGCACGCACACACACACACACACACACACGCACACACACACACGCACACACACACACACACACUACACUCGCUCGGUCGCCAAAGUAAUGCAAUCCAAGUGUGAUCUAAGAUGCUGCUAUCCUGUGACGUUUUUGUCUCUUUACUUUUUUUUGUAUCAUUCUGAGUAUGAACAAGCAGUAAUCUAAUAUAAAUAGAUCUAUAUGAAAUAAAUAUAUAUAUAUACACAAUAUUUUUAACAAAUGCGGUGGACGGUACAAAGCGUACAACAUGUUCCAGACUCCCCCUUUUUUUUUUGCAGACACUAACAGUCGGGGCAUUAAACUGGACCCUUCCUUAUAAAUCCAUAUUUUUAACGACUCCCACCUCGCCACACUUCUUAAUCAAUCCAUUCCCUCUUUUAAAAGGUGCUCUAUGGGUAAGUCAUCAGGGGAGAAUAUUCGCUAACCAAACAUUCUGCCCCCCCUCCACAAAAAAAAGCACGUCAAUGCCAAGGUACCCCCUACCCCGACCCACCAUACCCGCCAUACUCAUCCAAAGAGGUCGCCCUGACCCGUAUGAAAUACAGUGGUACCUCGUUUUUCCUUGAAUAAUCCGUUCUGACCACAACCGAAUUAUAUAAGAAACCAUGUAAAUCCAAUCAAUUUGUUCCAAACUCCCGAAAAUAUAGAGAAUAAUCAUAGAAAUACACAUAAAUGACAUUCAUUUGACAUCACCUUCCAUUGAUGGCUAAGAUAGUGUCUCACCUUAUCAAAGUGUUUGUACUCACAACUUUCUUUGGCCCCUCCACGGUGGAUUAUUUUGCAGUUAAAAAAAAAAGGCACAAGAGGACUAUCUUUCCACGUGUUUGGCCGUACGAAAAGCGAGGUACCACCGUUGUAGUGUCUUUGAGGCCUGUAACGUACCUCAGGGAAAAGGCCUUAGAAGAAGAGAGGGGGGGGGGGCGUAGGAGACGGACCACCCUCCUCGUCUUCCGCUUUCGCGUCGCAUCCGCCGUGCCUUUUUGCAAGUAGCUCACUUCUUUUUCUUUUUUCUUUUUGCCAAAGUCGAUGGGAAAAUUAGCUUCUUGGUAGGGUUUGUUUUAUUUUUAUUUAUACUAUAUAUUUGCAUACAGUGCUUUACAUGCCAAUUACAGUGCAAUCUUCAUUUAUUUAUUGUUUAAAAGAGACAAGUGUAGUUAUGUACUAAUUUUUUUCUCCUUGUAGCAUGGUUUUGUUUUUUUUACGUGAAUGAUUUAAGGCCAGCAUUCCUUAUCUCGGCAAUCCUUUAUAAGUAUUUCUCUUACAGUUGUUUGGGAUUCUGCAGUUUAUAAACAUGUAACCAAAUACAUAUGUACUGUUUUGUUUUAUUUUCAUCUCUUUAUUUGGGCCACACUCAGCCAAGUAGUAACAUCUAGAAAAGACAUGUAGCAAGAAAUGUCCCUGUAACUUUGGCAUUUUUCUUCUUUUUUUUUUGUUGUGUUUUAAUGAAGCUUCAGAUGUUUUAUUUUAGCCAAAGUGCAGGCAGGCAGGCUUCACUCAAUGUUUUGACCAAGUUCUGUGAUAUUCUUCUGUAACACAACAGCAUUAUUAGUAUUAUGUUUAUUAUUAUUGUUACUAUUACUCCCUGAAAAUGACAAAAAAAAUAUUAACUUGAUCUGUGAUUAUGCUUCUUUUCAUAUUGUUUUAUUUUUUUGGGCAUGGGAAAGCAAAAUGUGCCAUUUUCCAGACGUGUUGCCUCCUGGAGAGGAGGAGGAGUAAUAGUCACGUACCGGAAGUGACGUCACACUGUAGAGAGAAAAAAACCGGCUGAAAACAAUCAACAUGGCGGACGUUGGGUUUAAUCGACAAGUUAUUGUGCGGUUUUUUUGUAUUCAGUGUUUGUUUUGCUAAGAGGCGAUUUGCAGAGAUAUCUAUAGCGCUAUAGGUAAAUACAUUAUUACUAACCGAGUCGAAGCACUUUUAUAUUGUCGAGCAUUAGCUAGCGGGGGGUAAAGGUGUUAGCCAGCGAGUUAGCGGUCAUUGCUAUAUUUGAUCAAGUUGUGCUGGCAAGCAAACCAACAAAUGAGGUAAAGUGAGUUUUUCCAUAAACACUACUUACUGCCAGUCUGUUACAUGUUAUUUUUGAUCGCAGCGCCAUAAAGGAUAGGGCGGAAGUAGCGUCCACGGCGGCGAGGGACUGCGCAUGUGCGAUCCGUCCCGCCACAUUUUGAUCGCAUCGCCAUAAAGGGUAGGGCGGAAGUAGCGUUCACGGCGGCGAGGGACUGCGCAUGUGCGAUCCGUCCCGCCACCUGUAUUGUAGACCUGUGUGAAGUUGUCUCCACCUUGUCCUAAAUCUUACCAACUGUGCUGCAUUUUUUUGGUCUCACUUUGAUAGUUUUUCUUUUGUUGUAAGCAAGUCAAUUUGAUUUAUAAAGUGCUUUUCACAGACAAUCACCAAGAGCUGUACAAAAACAUAGGUGAAGUAAAACAACAAUUCAAUGAAAAACAACAGGAGCAACAUCAUAAAAAGGAUACUAAGUGGAUUAAAAAUGAAAGUUAAAAGGUGCAUUACCUAAAAGCUUUACUAAAAAGAGAAGUUUUCUAAUGUUUCUUUAAAAAGUUUCAACACAGUCAAGAUCACGGAGGGACUGGUGCAAGUUGUUCCAGAGUCUGGGAGAUAUAGCCUAGAAUGCCGGGUCUCCACGGCUUUUAAAACCAGUUUUUGGGAUCUUUAGAAGACCCUGAAGAGUAGGGCAUAACAAGUCAGUGAUGUACUGAGGGGCCCCACCAUGCAACUGAAGAGUAGGGCAUAACAAGUCAGUGAUGUACUGAGGGGCCCCACCAUGCAACUGAAGAGUAGGGCAUAACAAGUCAGUGAUGUACUGAGGGGCCCCACCAUGCAACUGAAGAGUAGGGGCAUAACAAGUCAGUGAUGUACUGAGGGGCCCCACCAUGCAACUGAAGAGUAGGGGCAUAACAAGUCAGUGAUGUACUGAGGGGCCCCACCAUGCAACUGAAGAGUAGAGGCAUAACAAGUUAGUGAUGUACUGAGGGGCCCCACCAUGCAACUGAAGAGUAGGGGCAUAACAAGACAGUGAUGUACUGAGGGGCCCCACCAUGCAACGCACAGAAAGUCUGGACUAAAAGCGCGUGAAUGAUCAUUUCCUGAUCCAAUUUUGACAGCAAAUUUAGAUUCAUAUCCAGCACAAUAUAACAUCAUUCAAACUAUUAUGGACAAAAAAAUGCAGCAUAAACAAAUGGGACACAUUUGGGGAGAUUUUGACUUGGUUGGGGGGGGGGGGGUAGUUAUGAAUGAUAAAAAGUUGUUAACAUCAUAAAAUACAUAACAUGUUAAUAACAUAAAAACUAUGAUAGACAAAAACAUUGUGCAGCACAAACGAUUGGGACAAGUUUGGGGAGCUUUUGACAAGGUUGGGGGUCUGGUGACGAAUCAUAGAAUGUUAACAUAAAAACCAUCAAACAUUAACAUAGCAGACAAAAACAUUUUGCAGCACAAACAAUUGGGACUGGUUUAGGGAGAUUUUGAGAGGGUGGGGCUCUGGUAUGUAUCAUAAUGUUAUCAAAAACAACUUUACACACACAACAAUUUGCAGCAUGAAUAAUUGGGACAAGUCUGGGUUUAUUUUGACAAGGUGGGGGCUGGUUCUGAAUAUUAACUUUGUGUAAAUAACAUACAACUAUAAUAAUUAAACAAGGUUUAUAGCACAAACAAUUGGGACUAGUUUGGGGACAUUUUGACAAAGUUUGGGGGCUGGUUAUGAAAAAUAUGUUAGUUACACAUUAACAUAAAAACUAAAACUAUAAUACACAAAAACAUUUUGCAACACAAAAGAUCGGGACUAGUUUGGGGAGAUUUUGACAAGGUGGGGUAGCCAACUUUGCACAGGUGUUGCGUAGUGACGCACAGGUAAUGAAGUCUCCCCUUUAUUUGUUAGUCCCUUUUAUGUUUUUUCAAUUAUUGUUGACUCAACCCCAUCCAACCUUUAAGUCCUGCACAUUUGAGACAUUGAAUAGGCCUGUGAAGCAACACACUCAUAUUUGUGCCUUCUCACCUGAGUUGUAUUCCUCUUUACUUUUUGUUUGGCUUUGUACCUUUUUUACAGCGAGUAGAGAUUUUUUCCAACUGAGAAACGGGCCGCAAUGUGACGCAAACACACACACACACACACACACACACACACAGGUAUUUAACUAUUUUUUUAAGCGAAAACUAUAUUUUUACCUCACGAUUUUAAGAAGUGAACAUUCCAAGGUUGUCAUGGUCUACAAAUUUGAGAAAGAGUUUGAAAAAAUAAAAAGUCAUACAUUUCUUCUUGUAUUGUAAAUGUUAGACAAUUUCAUAUGCAUUAUAUAAAAGAAACUGCCAUAUCAAUUUUAAUGUAUAGAUUUGUUUUUGCAAAUACUACCCUAUGUAUGUAAGACGUAACUGUAUCUGUAGCGUAUAUAUAAUAUAUUUAUGCCCAAUAAAUGUUUAAUUUUUUUCUGACAUUGA